GGCCCCGUGGUCAAGCUCGUCAUCGAAUUCGACAAGCCCUUGCUUGACUGCCCGCUCUGCUGCUUGCCCUUGAAGCCCCCCGUGUUGCAGUGCCGGGCUAAGCACGCGGCGUGCAGCGGCUGCGCUGCGAGCUGCUCGAACAAGUGCGCGUUCUGCGUCGAUGGCGGCGGCGUGUACGAGCACAUGGCUGGACCCCUACGUCCUGGCGGCCAAGGUCAGGUGCCCCAACGAGGCCUACGGCUGCCGGAGCUCGGUCCCCUACUGCAUGGCCGGCGACCACCAGCUGGUGUGCGCGCACGCGCCCUGCUGCUGCCCGGAGCCCGGCUGCAUCUUCCUUGGCUCGCCGCCGACGCUCCGCGACCACCUCGCCUCGCACCACAAGUGGGUCGUCACACCCAUCACCUGCGGCAAGUGCAUCGUGCUCGAGAUGUAGCCCACGGAGCAGCGUCGCCUGCUGUCCGCCGACGAGGGGGACAACGUCUUCCU